UCAAGCUGAAUUUCCAAUUGUCUGGUUUCAAUAUUUAUUUGUAACAAAACGGAAAACAGAAUACCACAGCACUGAUUUUCCCAGAAUGUUUCGUAAUAAGUGAGUCGGAGAGGAGCUAACAACUUAAUAAGGGAGAAUACGUCAAUUGUCGCACUAUUUGUGGAUCCUUUUUUUCUCUUUCGACGAAUAACUAAAGUGUGUAAGUGAAUCCCAAGAAAUUUACUUUUCUCUGGAGUCUUGUGAAUCGUUAUAAAGUUUACAAGUGAAGAUUUCAACAAAUAAAUGAAAUUCACAAGUGAUCGAGGACUGCCACUUCCAAGACUGGACUGACAAACCCAAACCCGUACACGACAGAGCUGAAAGGAAAUUUAAACAUUGUGCUUGUCUCCACCAUGGCAUCGUACAGAACACUCUUUGUGAUCUUUGCAAUAUUUUCUCUCCUACCUGUGGUUUAUCCCUAUGAAAUCCAGGACCAUUCUCAUCGUCUCCUGAGGUCAGAGUUCUCCAUUGACAUUGUGAAGAAUUUCCUUCAGUGUAAGAGUCUAUGUGAGCGCCGAUCUCUGUGUAAAUCUGUCAUCUAUAAUCCAAGAACACGAGAAUGUACGUCAAACUUCCGUGAGGUCUCGAAAACUCGUUCAAUCCCGAAUAUACCGAUUCCAAAGAAAAAGUCAACUUCGCAGAGUAGCGGUGUUUGUGACAAACGCCCGUGUGAACAUAGCCAAAUCUGUGCUGUGAUGGGAUAUCAAAGAGUCUGCCUCGAAGAAGAAAUUAGUUGUGGAGAGCCUCCUGAUAUACCAAAUGCCAGGAAGUUAAAUAAUGGAACCACGCUAUAUUCAGUGAUCACUUACAGAUGUAACAUCGGCUACGCCAUUGCUAACGGAACGACCACGUCAUCGUGUGAAGUGACAAGAAGAUGGACCCCAACCAACUUGACAUGCGUUGAAAUUGACUGUGGUGAACCACCUGAUGUUCCAGAUGCCGAGAAGUCUACGAAAAGCACUAAGGUUGAUUCAGUUACCAUCUACACAUGCAAACACUAUAAAGAAUAUAAAGCGAGGAGUAAGUGUGCCGAAACUGGAAAAUGGACCCAGAUCAAACUGAAAUGCUGGCCAUCUCCCGAAACGGGACGAAGAUGACUAUAACCUUGUUUAAAAUACUGGAACAACGGCAACAAUUGUCCCUUUAUUCUGUUUGUUUUUGUUUGGGUUUUUUAUGGGGGAGGGGGGUAAAAUUGUUUUUGGUGACGUGUUUUAGGGAUGAGGUGGGUUUUUGUUUUAUUUUGUG